GAGGCGCCUCGGGAGCCGGCGGUCGGCGGCACCCAGGAGGGCCCGGGGGAAGAGGAGGACGAGGAGGAGGCGGCGGCGAAGGAGGACGAGAAGAGCGGAGCGGAGGAAGCAGGCAGCGCUGGCUAUGGCCUCCAACUUUAACGAUAUAGUCAAACAGGGCUACGUGAAAAUCCGUAGCAGGAAGCUGGGGAUUUUCAGGCGUUGUUGGUUGGUUUUCAAGAAGGCUUCCAGUAAAGGACCUAGGAGACUAGAAAAAUUUCCAGAUGAGAAAGCAGCAUAUUUCAGGAACUUCCACAAAGUAACCGAGCUGCACAAUAUCAAAAACAUAACUAGACUGCCUCGAGAGACAAAGAAGCAUGCAGUGGCAAUUAUCUUUCAUGAUGAGACGUCAAAGACAUUUGCGUGUGAGUCAGAGCUAGAGGCAGAGGAAUGGUGCAAACAUCUCUGCAUGGAGUGUCUAGGAACCAGACUCAAUGAUAUAAGUCUUGGGGAACCAGAUUUGCUUGCUGCUGGAGUCCAGAGAGAACAAAAUGAACGAUUCAAUGUAUAUCUUAUGCCUACACCAAAUUUAGAUAUCUAUGGGGAAUGUACAAUGCAGAUCACACAUGAAAACAUCUAUCUCUGGGACAUCCACAAUGCCAAGGUCAAGUUGGUCAUGUGGCCUCUGAGCUCUUUGAGGAGAUAUGGACGUGACUCAACUUGGUUCACAUUUGAGUCUGGAAGGAUGUGUGACACAGGAGAAGGGCUGUUCACCUUUCAGACACGAGAAGGAGAAAUGAUAUAUCAGAAAGUCCAUUCCGCAACACUGGCAAUAGCAGAGCAACAUGAAAGAUUAAUGAUGGAGAUGGAGCAGAAAGCAAGGCUCCAGACCAGUCUGUCUGAACCAAUGACAUUAUCCAAGUCGAUCUCACUUCCUCGUAGUGCGUAUUGGCAUCAUAUCACCCGGCAGAACAGCGUUGGAGAAAUCUACAGUUUACAAGGUCACAACCUCAGCUCAGCGAAGGUGUCCCGGGCGCAGACAUUUCCCAGCUACCAGGAGGAGCAGGGUGAGGAGCACCAGCAGUCCCUCUCACUGGCCAGCAGCUACGCCUUCGGCUAUGGCUCAGGCCUGGUACAAUGACAGCUGGGAGCAGCCUCCGGAGAGAAACAGUCAAGCCUGGAGCCUGCGGCCAGAGCUGGGGAGCCGCUGGCCCCCUCCACUCCCACUAUUUGCCGUGAAAACUGAUGCCUACCAGCUCCAGCCGGGUCACCGCCAAUGCGGAAACCCGGAGAGGCCGCUUCCCCGAAGCAGAGGCUAAGUCUUUAUUUAUUUAUUUUG